AAUGGGCAGAGACAGAAGGUGGAGAGGCUCAGUGGGAGUUGGUCUGUUAAUGACAGCUCAUAUCCUCUGCCUUUAUUUCCUGCUGACCUGGGAGGUGACUAGAAAAAGCUACUGCCUGGAGCAGUCACUUAUUUUCUAUGGGGAACAGGCUUCUUCUCAUUCUCAGCUGCCAUAUAAUUUAAAAUAUAGUAAUGAAAGUAUAUAAUGCUUUAUUAAUGUAUUUCAUUAGCCCCAUCUCAUUGUUGUUACUUCCAUCGUUGUGGAGGAAGGCAUGGCAAACAGUACCAAUCAAUAUGGGAGGGAAGAUUUUUUAACUAACUAAUCUAUUGAUGUAUAUUUUACAGCCCAGGAUAAUUUGAUUUGCUGGGAUAUAGCAGUAAUAUUCAGGGACAUCAUGUACACAGCUGAAACGAUGGAUAUCCGAGAGACAAGAAGUCUGCUUUUCCAUUCCUAUCUGUACUCCUGCAGGACAGUAGAUGUAGGACCUUGCCAGCACAAGGAUAGUCCACUUUCAAAAAACUGACUUAAAAGAUCUGCAAAGAAAAGAACGCAUGUACAGCUUCUAUGGACUGCCAUGUCAGAAAAGGCUCUGAGCUCAUGGAAUCAAUUUAUUGUGAUGUUGAAAUAACUUUCUUUGUUUUCAUCCUCAAACAUAAACAAACUUCUCCCUUUGGAUAAUAUUUGUCAAGGAGCCUUCUGCUCCCUGUACAUGACAUGCAGGACUCUGCUUCCGCCCGCACAAAGCAGAGACUUGUGGUGCCUGUGCUGUUUUCCUUUUUCCACGCCUGCUCUCUCCUGCUCGGUGAGUGUUUGCGGAGCCAGCAGGGUGGACCAGGGAGCGACAGCAGCAGCUGCCGGGUGCUGCACCAGGAAUGUGGACCCAUCUCUCGUAAGGAUCAGCUUCCCACCCUUGGCUCCUGGCUGCCUGGAAGCAUUUCCAGCACACACAGUGGGGUGUAUUUUUACUUCAUGACACCGAGCUCAUAUUUAUGCCGUUUGCUACAGCAGCCCUUGCAGAUUUGACUUGUUCUUUGCAUUUGCCUUGCUGGAUUUACUCUUCUGAUGGCUGUCUUACACUUCUAAAAACACAGGUCUCUUCUCAAGAAUCUGGAACCAAACCAUUGACCUUCACAUUUGUACCAUCCAUUGGACGACUUCCAACUCAUUUUGAGGUUGUGGAUAUCUCGAAAUUCCUUGUGACAAUUCCAGAGGAACCAAAGGAUCUGAGCAACCAAAAAAUUGUAAAUAAGUCUGAGGCAGUCUCUGAUGAGCUGGUCUUAAAGAGUGGGGCCAAACAAGACUGUGUGUCCACUGUCUGUACAGACAGCACCCGGAUGGCUUUCCAGUCCCUGGAGUGUAAUUCAAGCAAAGGAGAAAUGCAGAAUGACCUUUUUAAGGCUGAGUUUAUCCUGAUUACGGACUCUGGUGAUGAAGAUGAAGUAGCUGCUGCCUCAAACAGCGCUCAACAGCCUUCCAAUGGCUACAGUCCCAUCAGUGCUCAGCUGCUGACCACAUCCCAUGUUUCCCCUGGCACCGGGGCAGGGAAACCUCCUGGCGAUGGGCACCUUCCAGGAGUUCCACUUUCCCUCAGUACUGCUGAUCCACAAACACAUCAGUUAAUUUCUACUCUUUCCACCUCUGAUCAUCUUUCCUCUAAACCACCUGCUGUCCGCUUAAUUUCUCCAAUUAAUCAGAAAGUAGUGUGCAGUGCCACGGUUAACAUGAAUCAAGCCUCUUCGCUGGAAGAUUCCUGUAACAACUGGCAGUCAGCAACUGGGUUUUCUAAGCAAGACUCAUCUCUCUACUUUCAGUCUGCUUCCCAUAGUUCAUCUCCCUCGAUGUCUAAAAAAUCCUCUUCUGCAUCAAAGAGUUGGCACUCCACUCCUCAAUUGUCUGAUAACAUACAAACACCAAGUCCCUAUAGCCCUGGCUGUGUCUGCAAAAUGGGAGGCUUCACCACAUCCUCUGUUCCAGCAAGGAGUCCAAGUCGUUCCUCCAAUCCUCCAUGUUCAACUGAAAUUCAAGGAUCUUUAGCUCAGUCUGUAUCGCCCAGUUCUUCCAAAAGAUUAAAUGCUUUGUCUCCUCUCCCUGUACAUAUAAUAACACAUCCAUUAUCUCCUAGCCCUAAACCUUUAUCUCCACCCUCUCUUUAUGGGUCCUCUUCGACUAUAUGUAGUAUAAAUGAGCCUUGCACACAAACAUUAUCCAGAGGAAAUUCAGCCAAGUCAGGAGUCAAAUCCCCUCUGCCAACCAGACUGACUCUCUUAACUGCUAUUUUGAGAUCAGGCUCCUCUCAGCGGAGGCCACUUUCUCCUGCUUCUUGUCCCACAUUUUCUCCUAGCUCCCUUAGUUCCUCAACACUUGCAAUAGAUCAGAAGUUCAAAACAACUCCCCCAACCCCCAAGAAAUCUGUUUCAAGCCCUCCUCUAAGGCCAGGUUCCCCCAGCAAGGAGGACUGGCUUUCAGGAUGGGCUCAGCAUCUGCCUUUAUCUUCCAAGCCUCAUCCCACCCCUCGAGCAAGGUCCCUUUCUCCUAAAAAUCACCUUCCCAUUCAAUUACUUUCUCCAGACUGCCGAAAUUCGUUGUCAUCCCCUGUGUCCUCCCAUAGAAGAUCAGUUGCUUCUCCAGAUUUGCAGUCUUCACUGCCUCCUCCUUGCGCUCCAACUCCCUCUUCCUUGGCAUACCCCACCUCUCCUUCUCCACAAGGACUGGGCUAUUCUGCCUCCAGGACCUGGGCUCCUCAGCAGUCCCAGAGAGUGCGCACUUACUCGCCCAUCUUCACUUGCCGGUCAUAUCCUUUGCUUUCUUCUACCAGUGUUAGUGAUGCACUGUCUCCCCCGCUAGACAAACACUCAUCUCCUUCCCCAAGUCUUUUGCACUCACCUCCUAGACCUAAAUCAGAUUCACCCCAAACAUCUGUUCAGGAGAUCAGUGCCUCCUCUCCUACCCCUUCUAGCAUCCCAAAGCAGUGGUCUCUCUCACGGCCUCACUCUACCCCACUGGUUCCACAAACUGGUAAUAUUAAUUCCCACCCACUGCGAUUUAAUUCUUCAUUGGCGCAAGCAAAUUUUAGGUCUAACUCCUCCCCUCCAAGACCUGAGAAUUCUGCCACCUCAUCAGUGUUAAAGUGCAGAUCUCCCAUCUCAGACAAGUCACCAGGCACACUGCCAUCAAGACCCAGAGAGCUGACUUCACCACAGUCUUUUUCCCUGCCUCCUGACCAUGAAAACAUCAAACCCAAGCAGUACAAGAUCAAGACAAGCUACAAGGCAUUUGCAGCAAUCCCUACAAACACAUUGCUUAUGGAACAGAAGGCAUUAGAAGAGCCGACCAAGCCUGCUAGUGUGACUGAAGGCACUGCUUUGGACACUCGUUCAGAGAUGUGCUCCCCUGCUCAGCUCAGACAACAAACAGAAGAGCUGUGUGCUGUCAUUGAUCAAGUCCUGCAGGACCCCUUGACUAUGCGCCGGUGUGAGUCUUCUCCAAGUUUUCUGCAGAUGAGCGCAGAGUCAGAUGUUGGCAAGAUGUCAACAACACUGCAGAGAGCAGCUGGCCGUGAAACCAGAUAUGCUAACCUUUACAAAUCGGUGCCUAUAGUAACUGAGAGUCAGCUGACAAAACCUGGUGUCAUUCGUCCCGUGCUGGUGAAAGGAAAGAGUGCACAGCAAAAGGAGGAGCCCUAUCAACCAAAUCCUUUUAAAAAGUACCUUGAAGAAAUCAGUGAUCAAAAUAUUGAGCAGCCCAGUCUUCCCAUGGUGCCUAUUCCAGAAAAUGAGAUGCUCAUCUCCAAGGAGGUUUCCAAUGAAAGAGGUUCUGUUUAGAUAUGAUGACCCAAAUUAGGAUCAAGAGCUAAACCUGAAUUUUGAAGCCUAUUUCUAUUUUAAGAAGGAAUCCACAGCACCAGUCUUAUUUAAAGCACCAUUUAAAAAAAUAAUGCUUCUGGUAUGCUAGUUGCAAGGCAGUAAUAAUAAUCAAAUAUUCUUUCAAGAAAUAAUCUCAUGUACGAGCAUAAUUAACCCCAGAGAUGCACAUUGAAUACUCCAUUUCUUGAAGUGCUUGCUGGUUUAAGAGAUGCCAAAUAUAACACAGCAUAUUUUCUUUAGAAAUAAUAUAA